AUGGUUCCCCGAUCCGAAGCCUCAGCCAAUUCAUUGAAGGAGGACAACCGCUGGUGCCUACGAUGCCUCGGUUUCUACACUGGCGUCUAUCCCAGGAAGCAAAAGCCGGUCGCGAACUACUAUUUUAUGAAAUGCGCCAGAUGUGCCGAGGAUAAGGACAAACGCUGUCUCAUGAUUCAGAAGGAGCAGUGGCCCCAAACUCUGGAGAUCAUUGAGAAGACCAGGCAAAUCAUUUUGGCAGAACAGGUUGAUGGCGAGAGCGAGAAGUUCGCCGGGGACCGGAAAGCCAUCAAAGACCUAUAUCGACAUGUUGAAAGAGUGACCAGGGCUUACCACAACACACAACUGCAAGACGAUCAUCAAUCAGCGGCUUCGGAUGAGGACACUCCAAUGGCCUACAACACGGCGUCUGACGAUGAAGUGAUGGGCGAGAUUCGGUGCGCCCCGAGCUUUGCAGGACCGAGUCGGAGCGGCCGUUCCUCCAACACAGCUGGCCUAAGGGUCUCGAAGGUAUUGGUUGAUAUCAAAAGAAUCGACGAGGAAAAGGCAGAAGCCUCGCGCCGCCUGGGAAGAGAAGUCUGGAUCGCGGCACGGGACCCGCAAGCAAUCGGGCCUUCUGACCAAUUUCUUCGGCUCGUGGUUGAUGAGCUGCACCGUGACGCUCGUCAGGGCGAUGCUCGGCACGGUAUCUCUGACGCUUUCAAGGCUGUUGACAACGCUCACGAUGCCCGGGAGGACGCCUUCCGCCGGCUAGGAGACCUGGCUCUCGCCAUCAUGCCGGCCAGCUCCACGCUUGAGGGCAGGGAAUCUUUCGAGCGACGACACCCCGACGAAAACUAUCCCAUCAUGUCUGACGAACGAACUGUUUCCCAGGGCCAGGCUUCCAGCUCCGGCGGAAGGAGCAGGAUGGUCGACUCUGUGCAAACCAAGGCCCAGGAAGUCCUGCAAGAGGACUACGACAAGGCGAGAGGUUUGGUCGCCGAUGCUGCCAAGAGCAAGGCCUACCUGUACCCCAUCAAGGGCAUCAUCUACUUCGCAACCCACCGAACACUGUGGAAGCCCCUCCUGUCACGCAUCGGAUCCUACCUGCUCCUAUCUGCCGGUGUCGUCACUGGCAUGUUCGUCUUCACCUACGUGCCACAACUUGCUCUCCUCGUUUUCGUGAACGGCCCGCUAGCCGUCUUCACCACCGUCCUUUUGAUUCUGAACGAGAGUUCGGCAAUCAUCAACUUCCUCUCGCGAUCAUUCCUGCUCCAGGACGCGAUUCUGGACACCUUUGACGGCACUCUUCUUCUCAGAGAUGAGGACGGAAUUGUGAGGGAAGGCAGACAGCUCAGGCCCGGAUCUGACCCCAUGCAGAAGCUGGGCAAGGUUCUCAAGAGUCCCUUUGAGAAAUACAGUCCCAAGGCACUCAUCAGAUACCUCAUCUACCUGCCCCUGAACUUCAUUCCUGUCGUGGGAACCGUCAUCUUUAUCUCUCUGCAGGCUCGCAGCAGAGGUCAAGCCGUCCACGGCCGUUACUUCCAACUCAAGAACUGGUCGUCUUCCAGAAGAGCCGACUGGCUGAAAAGACACGCCGGGCCUUACACUGCCUUCGGCCUAGUUGCAACCGCCCUUGAGAUGAUCCCCUUCGCUAGCGUUCUCUUCACAUUCACAAAUGCAGUCGGCGCUGCUCUUUGGGCCGCCGAUAUCGAGGCCAAGGAUACUUCCAUGACGGAUAGCACCGCACCCACGCUUCGAGAGACGGCACAAAAGGCCGAGUAA